GUUAUGACCUUGUUCCUUUUUUUGUAAUUCCACCUUAUUAAAAUUAACUUAAAAAUAUUUGUCAGACUGCUGUGUAGUAUACGUAAUAAUCCCAAAUUUUAUGACGUGUGUGCUCAUAAUAAGACGCUAUACCUGACAAUUUUGAACAAGUCUCGAUUCACAAAAAAGUGAGCAUAUCAAGUUUUGACAUUCUUGUUAUCUGAUUAAUUUAAUUCAUCUAAAUGUCGUUGAACGGUUCCUUCAUUGAUUAACGCAUUCCUUUACUAGACAAACAUCCAAGAUUCUAUUCUGCAAUUUUGAACACAUUCCGAAUUUGCAUACAAUUUCCUUGAACGGUUUCAUCGAAUGAACGUUGACUCUUCCUCCCAUCUCGAGUUCAAGGCUUCCAAAGUUCAAAUAAUAGUGAAUCACCGUGAUCUUAUUUCUAAAAGUGAAUUCGAAAUUGGCGCCGCGAGAGGUUAUUGGCUCCGAGCCUGCGCAUAAGCCAUUUCGAGCACUUAGAUAUUCGUCGAGAGAACGCUUUCUCCCAACCGGGAGCUGUGUCGGGUCGAGAAUUCUAUGUACAAAUUGUGUCAUUAUGGACGUGGAAAACUCUGCAAAUAGUGAAAAUGCGAGCUCCAUUAGCAACAAAGUCAAAGAAGGUUCGGAAAAUCAACCUGAAAACCAUGUGAACGGCUUAAACGGUUAUUCUGACAAACACAAAAGCCACAAAUCUGAACAUAAGGACAAGCAUAGGGACAAGGAUCGUGAUAGGGACAAGGAUAAAAGUAAGAGUAAAGACCACAAGAGCUCAAGCAAGGAGAAAGAUCGUGAUAAAGAUAGAGAUAAAGACAGGCAUCAUUCCAGCUCAAAAGAUAAAGAUCGCCAUAGCUCCCACAAAUCUUCCAGCAAGGACAAGGACCGAGACAGGGAUAGAGACAAGGACAAACAUAGAGACAAAGAUAAGGACCGUCACCGUGAUGAUAAGAAGAAAGAUAGGGACCACAAGAGUUCCAAUGAUAAGGACAAGGACCAUAAGUCGAGCUCCAGGGAUAAGGAGCGUGAUAAGGACAAAGAAAAAAGGGAUAAGGACCGAGAAAAGGAUAGAGACAGGGACAAGGAUAAGCACAAGCACAGGGACAAGGAUAAAGAAAAAGAUAGGCACAGCAGCUCAAAGGACAAGCAUAGAGAUAAAGAAAGGGAUAAGGAUAAAAAUUCAAGUUCAAAAGAUAAAGAUAGGAAAGAAAAGGAUAGAGAGAAGGACAAAUAUAAAGACAAGGAUAGAAAGAUUAAGGAGGAACAAGAAGAUAAAUUAGAUGGUGUACAGCUUAAAAAGGAAAUCAAAGAAGAAGUAAAACAAGAAGUCCAAGUGAAAGAAGGACCUUACCAAGAACCUAAAGAGGAGAACAGUUCAGAUGAUGAUGAAGAAAAAUUGGUAAUCAAAGAUGAACCUGGAAGUCAAGAUGAGGAUGGUGAAGAGAAUAACCUGUCCCAGGCAAGCAGUUGUGACUACAACCUCAGUCAUUUCAAGAAGGACGAAUCUCAGUUCUCUGAGGGUGAAGAAGGGAUAGAAGUGGACAACUUAGGUGAGCUAGAGCCUAAAGAAGAAGAAGAAAGUGAUGAAGAUGUUCCAUUGUCUGCUAGAGUAGCAAAUUCUGGAACAAAAAGGAAGAUUGAAUCAGAUGACGAGGAUGACAUUCCACUGAUGGCAAGGAAGAAAGUGAAGACAGAAAAAAAAGAGAAGAAAAAGAAAAAACGGAGCUAUGACGAAGAUGACGACGAAGAGGAAGAAGACUACAAGCCUGAAAAAAAGGUGAAAAAGGAGAAAAAAGUGAAGAAAGAGAAAGGUGACAAGAAAGCAGAUACAAGCAUGGACAGCAGCCCUAAGAAGGGCAAGAAAAAGAAGGAAGAGGAAGAACAAGAUGUUUGGAAGUGGUGGGAAGAAGAAAAAAGGGAUGAUGGUGUUAAGUGGACAUUUUUGGAGCACAAGGGGCCAAUUUUUGCCCCACCUUAUGAAAGAUUGCCUCCAGAUGUUAAAUUUUACUACGAUGGCAAAGAAAUCAAAUUAUCUCAAAAUGCAGAAGAGGUUGCCGGUUUCUACGCCAAAAUGUUGGAUCAUGACUACACAACGAAAGAAAUUUUCAACAAAAACUUCUUCAAAGACUGGCGAAAGAUGAUGACAGACAAAGAACGAGAACUGAUUACCGAUUUGAAAAAAUGCGAUUUCAGGAAAAUGCACACAUAUUUCCUAGAAGUGUCUGAGAAGAACAAGAAUAGAACAAAAGAGGAAAAACAAGCACUGAAAGAGAAGAACGAAGCACUUCUCAAAGAAUACGGAUUUUGUAAAAUAGACGGACAUAAAGAAAAAAUAGGCAACUUCAGAAUUGAACCGCCAGGCUUGUUCAGAGGCAGAGGAGAGCAUCCAAAGAUGGGUAAAUUGAAGAGACGUGUAGAGGCUGAAGAUAUUAUUAUCAACUGCAGUGCAGAUUCUGAAAUACCUAAACCUCCAGAAGGUCACAAGUGGAAGGAGGUCCGUCAUAUAAACACUGUCACAUGGUUAGCUUCUUGGACAGAAAAUGUACAAAAUCAAGUGAAAUAUAUUAUGCUGAAUCCAAGCUCGAAAUUAAAGGGCGAGAAAGAUUGGCAAAAAUAUGAAACAGCUAGGAAAUUGCAUAAAAAUAUUGAUAAGAUCCGCGAAGAUUAUCAGAGAGACUGGAAAUCUAAGGAGAUGAAGAUCAGGCAACGAGCUGUGGCUUUGUAUUUCAUUGAUAAAUUGGCAUUGAGAGCAGGAAAUGAAAAAGAUGAAGAUCAAGCCGAUACUGUAGGUUGUUGCUCUCUUAGAGUAGAACAUAUAGAACUGCACGAGAAAAAAGAUGGCAAGGACUAUGUAGUAGUAUUCGACUUCCUCGGUAAAGAUUCCAUCAGAUAUUACAAUGAAGUCCCGGUAGAAAAACGCGUGUUCAAAAAUCUCCAGUUAUUCAUGGAGAACAAAAAGGAAGGCGACGACUUGUUCGACAGGUUGAACACGUCGAUUUUAAAUAAACAUCUGAACGAACUUAUGGAAGGCUUGACGGCAAAGGUUUUCCGUACGUACAACGCUUCCUGGACGUUGCAGCAACAGUUGGAUUUGUUGACUCAAGAUGAUUAUAAUACUGCUGAGAUGAUUUUGGCGUAUAACAGGGCGAAUCGUGCAGUAGCUGUGCUUUGUAACCAUCAGCGGUCGGUGCCUAAGGGGCAUGAGAAGUCCAUGGAGAAACUUAAGGAAAAGAUCGACCAAAAGCGAGAACAAAUUAAAGACGCCGAAAGGCAGGUUAAAGAUGCGGUGAGAGAGGCGAAACACGGCAGUGUAAAAGAAAAAGUGGUAGCAGACAAAAAGAAAAAAAUGUUGGAAAGAAUGAAGGAACAGCUGACCAAAUUGGAGAUUCAGGAAACUGACAGGGACGAGAACAAAACGAUCGCGCUGGGUACUUCAAAGCUGAAUUAUUUGGAUCCCAGAAUCAGCGUUGCUUGGUGCAAGAAGUACAAUGUACCCAUUGAGAAGAUCUACAAUAAGACGCAGAGGGAUAAGUUCAGAUGGGCUAUCGACAUGGCAGGGCCAGAUUAUCGGUUCUAAGUGGAAGAUCAUGUCUACGCAUGAUAUGGGAUAAGUCAAAGCGACAAACUAUACAGUAAUUAACUCUGUACAUUUCCUGCAAAUGCAUGCAAACAUAAUGGAUGACGAAUUGUAUUUAUCGCUACUGUAUUUGUAUUGGAAAAUUAGUAAAAAGAAAAAAAAGGAAUAGAAGAAUGUGGAUACAUCCAAUCAUCGAAGAAAGGCAACGAAAACGUCAUUUUCAUACAUUGUUUGCUGAAGUACAAAGAGAUGAAGAAAAGUUUUUCAACUACUAGGAUGUCGCGAAGUACUUUUUGCGAGUUAGUAGUAGUAGUAGUAGAAAGAUUUAUUUAGCACAUUAUUAGCAGUUUGUGGAGAAAAACUAGCAAAGAAAGAUACACGUAUGAGAAAUGCGAUAACACCAGAAGAAAAACUAGUAAUAACUAUCCGAUAUUUGGCUACGGCCGAAUUACAUUAUAAUUUUCGUAUUGGUAGAUCUACUGCUAGUAACAUUAUCCAAGAAGUAUGCGAAACAAUAUGGAUUGAAUUAGCAGACAAAGUUAUACCGCAAUGUUCAACAGAGAAAUGGAUAGAAAUUGCUAAAGGGUUUCAAACAUGUGCACAGUUUCCCAACUGUAUAAGAGCAAUAGACGGGAAACAUAUUCGGACUAAGCAGCCACCCAAUAGGUGAGUCUAUGUACUACAAUUAUAAACAGUACUAUUCUACGGUACUGUUUGCGAUGUGCGAUGCCAAUUAUUGCUUCACGUAUAUUGAAGUGGGAUCAUAUGGUAAAUCAAGUGAUGCUGGCAUAUUCACAAAUUAUAAACUUUAUGAACGAUUAGUUGAUGGUACAUUGUGAGUCCCUGCACCAUGUGCUAUUGACGAAACGAAUGAAAAAUAUCCUUUCAUAAUAGUUGGCGAUGGGGCAUUCCCCUUAUCCGAAAAUUUGCUUAGGCCUUUUGGAGGCAAACAACUGACACCUUUAAAAGAAACUUUCAAUGCUAGAUUAACCCGAGCCAGAAGAUAUAUCGAAUGCUGUUUUGGUAUUCUAGCCAACAAAUGGCGUAUAUUUCAUCGACCUAUUGACCUCGAUAUUGAUGUAACUGUAACUGUAGUUAAAGCUGCUUGUGUGUUACAUAAUUUUAUAAGGACAAGGGAUGGCACUCGGUCGAAUGACGAGAAGUUAGAUGAAAAUAUCAAUCUUGAAGGUCUAGCACCAGAUACAACCCACAGAGGAAAUCCAUUAUCUGCUAGAGAUAAAUACGCUCAAUAUUUUGUAAAACAAAAAACCGUUUAAAUAAUAAAGAUAGCCAAUAAAAAAUGUUGUUAAUUUGUUCUUAUUAUAAACAAUUAUUAUACCUACCUAACUGCUUCUUUUCGUCAAUUGUGCUGUUUUCUUUUGCA